CGUGACGAUGGUCGCAGCGUGACGGGCGCGAGUGACGACCAGGCGUGACCGAGCGUGACGCGUGACGACGUGACGAGAAUGCGCAUCCUCAGGAACCGGCGCCAGGCCGGCGAGUGGGUGAGUACAUCGGUGUACUCGACCACCAGCAGCACCAGCUGCAGCUCCAGCGGCCACAGCUGCGACAGCCCCACGGAGCCCGCCUUCAGGCACGUCGGCCGCCACAGCACCGGCUUUCACGUCUGGAGGGUCGAGCAUCUGCAGGUGGUGACCGUCCCGCGAGACCAGUGGGGUACGUUCCACGAUGGCGACUCGUACCUCCUGUUCGCCUCGUCCGAGCGCGACCAGCCGGCGGGACCGCACACCAGAGCUCGCGAGGUGCGCGGCGCGCCGCUGGAGCAGCACGUCCACGUGUGGGUGGGCGGCGCGGCCGGGCCGGACGAGAGCGGCGCCGCCGCCUACAAGGCCAGCGAGCUGGACGAGGCGCUCGGCGGCCGGUGCGUCCUGCACCGGGAGCUGCAGGGCUUCGAGUCCACGCGUUUCCUCGCCUACUUCAAGCACGUCGGCAUCAGGGUGCUGAAGGGUAGCGUGAGUUCCGUGGGCGCUGCGGAGCCGUCGGCGUCGCUGGCGGCCCUUGCCGGUGGCUCCCGCCUGUUCCGGGUGUCGGGGCGGCCCGGCCGCCGCUGCCCCGUGGUCACCGAGCUGCCCAGCGUCGCCUGGCGGCACUUCUCGUCGGGAGGGGUCUUCAUCGUGUCCACGCCGCACGCCCUGAUGCUCUGGAUGGGCCGCUACGCCGCCGCGGCCGAGAGGCUGCAGGCCGCCCAGGUGGCCGCCGCUAUGCGCGACGAGGGGCAGCCCCGCGCCCUGGUGCUCGUCGACGAGGGCCGGGAGGUGCUGCUGCCGGCUGACAAGUUCUCGCUGAUGACGGAGGCGCUGGACCCCCGUCGCGCCGCCCUGGAGGUGCACCACUCACCGCCGCCGUCGCACGGCGCGCACGGCCUGGACGCCCUGGACCUGGAGCGCGCCAAGGACCGGCCGCGGGUCACGCUGUACCACUGCGCGGACAAGGACGACACCUGCAUGGUGACCGAGGUCAAGAGCGGGCCCCUGGACCACUCGGACCUGUCGCACUCGGACUCGUACAUCGUGGACCGCGGCUCGGUGGGCGUGUGGGUCUGGCUGGGCCGCCUGGUGGGCGAGCGCGACCGCGUCGAGGCCAUGCGCAACGCGCAGGGCUUCGUGCGCAAGAAGGGCUACGCCGCGCACACGCCCAUCACGCGCGUCACAGACGGCUGCGAGCCGGCCGAGUUCCGCUGCCUCUUCCGCACCUGGCACGCCGCCGCCCCCGUCGCCAAGUCCUCCAAGACCAAGGCCAAGUCGGCCACCACGGUGCACACGCGCCUGGACGCGCUGGCGCUGCGCGACUCGCCCCGCCUGGCCGCGGACCUGCGCCUGCUAGACGACGGCAGCGGGGACGCCCGGCUGUGGCGGGUGUCGCGAGCCGGGCUCGUGGGCGUGGCCGCGCGCCGCGCCGGCCGCCUGCACUCCGGCGAGUGCUACGUGCUGCACUACCGCUACGGACACCCCCCACAGCACGCCAUCUUCUACUGGCUGGGAAGGACGUCCAGCGGAGAGCGCCAGGCCACGGCGGCGCUAUGGGCCUCGGAGAAAGGCCGCGAAGUGGCUGACGAGUCCGGCUGCGAGGCUAUCAUCGUCAGGGUGCUGGAGGACCGCGAGCCGCCCUCGCUACGCGCCAUCUUCAAGGGCAGGCUCGCGGUGCUCAGCGGGGAGGCGCCGCCCGGUGACGACAGCUCCAGCGGGCUGCCCGCCAGCUUCCUGCUGCGAGUGGACGGCUCGCAGACCUACGACACGCGCUCCGUCCAGGUCCCCCGCCGCCCGUCCUCGCUGCGCUCCAGCUCCGUGUUCGUGCUGCGAUCCAAGCGCGCCGGCUGGUUCCUCUGGUGCGGCCGGAGCUCGACCGGCGACGAGCGCGAGAUGGCGAAGCGGGUCGCGACCAGUGCGGGCGGCGCCGACCUCAUCGUCGUCUACGAGGGCCAGGAGAAGGACGACUUCUGGGUGGCGCUCGGAGGACCCAGUCUGGCUGUCGAGGAGUACGCUGUCGAGGCCAAGGAGAUAGAGGAGGACAGCGCGGGCCAUCAGGACACCAGGCCAGCAAGGCUCUAUGCUUGUCUGGGAGCGUCGUCGUCCGCAUUCGCUGUGGAGGAACUGCCCAACGUGUCCCAGGAGGAGCUCUGCCCUGACGAGAUCCUCAUCUUGGACGCCCGUGACACCAUCUUCGUCUGGAUCGGUCGGAACGCCAGCAGGGAGGCCAGGCAGAAGGCGACGAACCUCGCCAUUGAGUAUCUCAAAACUGAUCCCGCAUCCCGAGAGUUGGACACUACAAUCGUACUACUGCGCCAAGGCCAUGAGCCCCCCAUGUUUACAGGCUUCUUUAAUUCUUGGGACCCUCACAUGUGGAAUGAUUACCAGUCAUUUGAUGAAGUAAGAGCUAAUCUUGAAGGCCGGCCUAUUCCAAAUUUAUCACAGCAAUCACAAGCUGACUUGCCCUGCAUUCGUGAAUUUGAAGACCAGGAUAAGUUCCCUCUACAGUUGCUCCUCGACCCUGAUAUUUCUCACCUUCCACACACUGUAGAUGUUUUCCGUAAAGAGCUGCAUCUAACUCACAGUGACUUUAUGUCUGUGUUUGGAAUGGAUUACCCCACAUUUGCUCAACUACCACUGUGGCGACAACAUAGCUUGAAGAAGACUGCUGGUCUCUUUUGAAGUGAAAACACAAUCAAAACUUGCAACGUACUGUAUGAUUGACAGCAAAAUGCUUGCUACAUACUUAACAUUUAACAACCACAAAGAUUUGUUGGUCUAGAGGCGAUGGCUGAGAGCACACACCUAAAUGAACUAAUGAAUUUGAUUCUCUAUUGACAUCUAGGUCGAGUAGUAAAAGGGCUCUACAACAAGCACAUAAAUAUCCCUCAAAUUUAAAUGCAAUUUAUCACUAAUAAAUUUCACUGAGCUUCCAUGUUGAUAUUGCAAUAUGUAAUAAUUGGAUACUUGAUUUGUGUAGAUAGAUAAUUAUAUAAUUAUCGAUACAUUUCAGCA